GCUGUACUAGCGCUCUCUUCAAAGGUCGGAUUAACCGUACGUAGCCUUUUUAACGGCACAAAAAAAAAAUGUCUCGUUUGGGGGCUUUGAACCCUUUCCUGCAGGCUCGUGGUCCUCUGAAAGCAUUGCUUCCCAGAGCAGUGAACACAGAAGUGCUGAUGAAGCCUGCUGUGUGCGGCCAUUUUAGAGCACGUCUCGCUCACACAGACAUCAAAAUCCCUGACUUCUCGAACUAUCGGCGUGCUGAAGUGUUGGAUGCUAAAAAGUCCUCUCAGGAGAGCAGCGAUGCUAGACGAGCCUUCUCUUAUCUGGUGACUGGAUCCACUGCUGUGGUGGGUGUCUAUGCUGCAAAAACAGUCGUGACCCAAUUCGUGUCCUCAAUGAGUGCCUCUGCUGAUGUCCUGGCCCUGUCCAAAAUCGAGAUCAAGUUGUCCGACAUCCCAGAGGGGAAAAACAUGACCUUCAAGUGGAGAGGCAAGCCUCUGUUUGUUCGUCACAGAACAGAGAAGGAGAUCGCAGCUGAGCAGAACGUCGAUCUGUCAGAGCUCCGGGACCCUGAGCAUGACAGAGACCGUGUAACCAACCCCACCUGGGUCAUCGUCAUUGGUGUCUGUACUCAUCUCGGCUGUGUCCCAAUUGCAAAUGCCGGUGAUUAUGGUGGGUACUACUGCCCCUGCCACGGGUCACAUUACGAUGCUUCAGGAAGAAUCAGAAAAGGACCCGCACCUCUCAACUUGGAGGUGCCUUUUUAUGAGUUUCCUGAUGAGGAUACUGUAAUUGUUGGAUAAACAAUGGACAUUUUCUCUGUAUGCUUUUAAUGUCUGGCCAAAUUGAAAUAUUAAUAAAUAUAUAUUUUAAAGCA